AUGGCCCCCAAACACUCAGCAUCUGCCGCCUCGGCGAAAAGAAAGUCAUUCUCGAGCGAUAAACACAAUGACGGAAGCCGGGCCAAAAAGGCAAAGACAGCAACCGCGCCCAAGCGCCAGAAAAUCGACGAGGAUGAGGACAUGGCUUCGGACAGCGAUGGCAGCGGGUUUUCUGACUCGGAUGAUGGCGGCGCCGAAUUGAGCGAUCCUAAGCCGUCCCGGGAAGCGGCGAAAGCCAAAGAGAACGGACGAGCCUUUGCGCAACAGAAUGGGGCUGAACGAACCCAAACCUCCCGCGAAGCGCACGCAAAACAAAAACAAUUGGCACAAGAACGCAAGGCCGCGAAGCCAUUGGCGGACGAGGUGCACCGGACGAAGAAGCUGUGGGAAAAACUGCGCCGGAAGUCGCAUGUGCCCAAGGAGGAGCGUCAACAGCUCGUGGAUGAACUGUACAGCAUCAUCACUGGGCGCAUUAAGGAGUUUGUACUUAAACAUGACGCUGUCCGCGCCGUCCAGACCGCCAUAAAGUACUCGACCCCGACCCAGCGGAAGCAGAUCGCCAAGGAGCUCCAGGGCACCUACGCCCAGCUUGCCGAAAGCAGAUACGCCAAGUUUCUAAUUGGGAAGCUUCUUGUUCAGAAUGACAACGAGAUUAGAGACAUCAUCGUCCCCGAGUUCUACGGCAAGGUACGAAAGCUCAUCAACCAUGCCGAGGCGUCCUGGAUUUUGGACGACAUCUAUCGCGGAGUAGCAACGAAGGAGCAGAAGGCCCACAUGCUACGAGAAUGGUACGGGCCUGAGUUCUCCUUGUUCAAGCUCGACAAGGGCGUCGAGUUAACGGCAGAUCUCCGCAAAAUCCUCGCCGACGAGCCCAGCAAGCGAGGCCCCGUCAUGAAGUAUCUCUUUGACAUGACCAACGGCCUCAUUCAGAAGAAAAUGACGGGCUUCACGAUGCUCCACGACGCGAUGUUACAGUAUUUCCUCAACCUCAAACCUGAGAGCGAGGAGCUCAAGGAAUUUGUCGAGACGGUCAAGGAAGAUGAGAACGGCGACCUGCUGAAGAAUAUGGCCUUCACCAAGUCGGGAGCCCGCCUUGUAUGCCUGCUGCUGGCCAAUGGAAGCGCGAAAGACAGGAAACAAAUCCUCAAGACAUAUAAGGACACUUUCCAGCUCAUGUGCGGAGAUCCCAACGGCCAUAUGAUUCUCCUGGCUGCCUACGAUGUCAUCGACGAUACCGUAUUAACAUCGAAGACAAUAUUCCCGGAGAUCCUCGGGAAAAACGAGGAGAAAGACAUUGAGAAUAUCGCCUUCCUCGCCAACGACCUCAACGCCCGGAUCACGGUCUGCUACCUUUUCGAAGGACAGUCCAAAUCGCUGUUCCCAGCUAGCCACGCGUAUGACUUGGAGCUUCUAGCCGAGAUCCAUGAAAUUCGCAAAAAGACGAGUAAGAAGGACGCCGACGUCCGGCGCAAAGAGUUGGUGACGGCUAUGUCACCUCCCUUGCUUGCGGCAGUUGCGACCUCCCCAGCGGACCUGGUGGCCACUUCGUUCGGGUGUCAAUUUGUUACCGACGUCUUGCUAUCAGCGACCGGCGAUAAGUCUGCUGCUUUGGAGGCCGUGGCAUCGACAGCGGCCGGCAACCCAGCGCCGGUGCAGUCCGAGGACGCGGACCCUCUUUACCCUCCUCCGCCUCACAUUUCUCAGACGCCGCAUGGAGGCAAAAUGUUCAGGACCUUGAUCGCCGGUGGCAGGUUUGACAGGGAAGCGGGCGCCGUCAAGAGAGUCGAUCCCCCCCUGAAAUUCGCCGAUAUUCUCUACCCAAUCAUCAAGGAGUAUAUCAUGCAGUGGGCGAUAGGGCCAAGUUCUUUCGUUGUGUUGGGUUUGCUGGAGGCCGCCGAUUUCUCCUCCACGACGGACUUGCUUAAGGUCCUCCGUUCAGACAAGAAAGUGCUCCAGUCGGCGGCGGCGGCUAAGGAAGUGGCCAGCCAGACCGCAGCGGCAAAUGACAAGAAGUCAAAGUCGAAAGGCAAGGGAGCACAGUUGGACAAGGACAAGACUGGCGGGAACCAAGGAGCAAAGCUGCUCCUUGGAAAGUUGUAA